AUGGCUUUAUUUGAGUUGAAACUUGUUGACAUCCAGCAACUUCUGUCUUUCUCUCUUCUUAGUUUUUUUUUCCUGAAAAAAAAUUUACUUCUUUCUUUCCUUCUUUCUCUUUUUCCUUCUCUAUUAAUAUUUAUUUUUCCUCUUUCUUCACAAACUUUCUCCACUUUCACUCUCUCUUUUAUUUUUUACCUUUUUUAUUUUUUCUUCCUUCCUUUCUUUAGUAUAUUCAUCAUCAUGACUUCCUUUCUUUUCCGCAUUUUCAUCAUUGUGUCUUUCUUCCUUUCUUUUUUUUCCAUUUUUCUUUUUUUCUUUCUUUCAUCCAGCAUAUUCAUCACUAUGUCUUUCUUUCUUAUUUUUCAGCAUAUUCAUCACUGUGUCUUUCUUUCUUUUCUUUUCUUUAAUUUUUUCAGCAUAUUCAACACUGUCUCUCUUUCUUUCAUCAUAUUCAUCAUUAUUUCUAUAUUUCUUUCUUCACACACAUACACUCUCUUCUUCACACAUGAUAGACUUGUCGCUUUCUUACCCUCCCACCUUUUAUAG